AUGGAAAAGCUCAUAACUUCGCAUUUCGCAAAAAUGGUUUUAGAAAAACCCAAAAAUGAAGAUGCAGAUGAAGAUGCAUGCAGUAAAGUUACUGAGGGAUGGAUAAACUGCAAGGAAACGAGUCGUGUGUUAAGUAACGAAAAUAUUCCAAUGAAAAUGAAAGGAAAAUUCUAUAAAAUUGCCACAAGGCCGGCUAUAAAGUACAAAACUGAAUAUCUGGCAGUUAGAAAGAAAAGGAAUAUCAAAUUCAUGUGGCUUAAAUGA